AUGCCCGGCGUGGUGGCGUGCUACGACGCCGAGGUGUCCGACCUCCUAGCGCAGGACGGCCUCUCGCGGCUCCUGGAACCGGGGAGCAGCUACACGCCGGCCGAGUUUGACCGCGCGCGCGAGCGCAUCGUGCAGGUGCUCGCGGGGCUGUUUGACGCCGACCUCGUGUUCCAGCAGGAGGUGGGCGACAUUCUAUGGCGCGAGGGCGGGUCCUUUGCCCAGCUCAACCAGAACGUACGCCGCUAUCUCGGCGACAAUAGCACGAGGGGUGUAAAGUCGGUGCUCGUGCAGAUCGGCGACAUGUGGCGCAACCGCCGCAAACUGUGGUAG